AUGGCCUCCCUGCCUUUCAGUGCCCAUCCCUACGAGGUCCCUCCUUCAGCAAAUCUCACGGCCACCAGCAUCUCAGUCCCUGAUGCUGAGAUUGACAGUUUGAAGACGCUUCUCAAACUCACCCCCAUUCCCAAACCCAACAGGUUCAACUCGAGGGAUGAUGGGUCUUUCGGCCUUCAUCGAGAUGUCCUCUCAGAGUUGGUCAAAUACUGGGAGAACGAAUACGACUGGAGAAAAUGGGAGUCUACUCUCAACACUUUUCCCCAGUUCAAUAUGGAUGUUACCGAUGACGACUCCAAAACAUACAAGAUCAACUUCUUCGCUCUUUUCUCCAAGAACCCAGCCGCAAUCCCCAUUCUAUUCCUACACAGCUGGCCAGGCUCUGUUGUAGAGUAUCUCCCGAUCCUUCGCAAACUUCAAUCUCAAUACGACCCCGAGUCGCUUCCCUAUCACGUCAUUGUGCCUCAUCAUGUCGGAUUUCCGUUCUCUGACGCACCGCCCCUCGACAGGGACUUUUCGCAUCUCGAUAAUGCUCGCCUCAUGUCAAAGAUGAUGCAUGCCUUGGGCUUUGAUAAGUCUGGCUACAUUGCCUCAGGCGGUGACCUCGGCGGUUGGUCAGCGCCCGUCAUUGCGAAUCUCGAUCCAGCGUGCAAACUCGUCCACAUGAGCAUGCUGAAUGUUCCACCACCUGCUGGUGAAGAUGUCGAGGCCGGUAUUGAGGCAGGGCGGUAUACUCCAGACGAGGUAGCAGCCUUUGCCAGAAUGACCGAAUUUGCAAAGACAGGCACCGCAUUCAUCCAACUCGACGGAACGAAGCCAGCCAGUGCAGGGUACAUUAUCGGAAGCAACCCAGUGGCACUACUCGCCUGGAUCGGGGAAAAGAUGAUCAAGUGGUCUGAAAAGACACCAGAUAGAGAUCUUAUCAUCACGAACCUGGCCCUCUAUUGGUUCACGGGGUGCUUUCCUACGUCGGUCUAUAUCCAUCGUGUGGUCUUCGAGAACGUUGAGCUUAUGAUGAAUGGUUGGAAGACUCUCAAAGUCCCACUAGGAUAUUCAGCAUUCAAGUAUGAGCUUGUCACUGCACCUGAGAGGUGGAUCAAGCAAACAGACCAGGUGAGCUGGUAUCGAAUGCAUGAGAGAGGAGGUCAUUUUGCUGCGCUUGAAGAGCCAGAGACUUUAUGGAAAGAUGUGGAGGACUUUAUCUGGAAGUUUUGGCCAACGACCUUGUGA